UCUCAUUCUUCUUCCACUGUCUUCUACUACUACUACUCUCUCUCAUUUUCUUCAUAUACUCUCAUUGUUCUUGAGGGCAUAGCUACAUUCAACUCUAGUCCUUAAGAAUAGGUUGAUUUUCUUGAGAAAGGUUUGAUCUUUUUAGAUGGGCACUGUUGAAACUGGGGUUUCAUCUCCUUUGAGGGAAAGCCCCAAGGUUCAGGGUUCAGAGAAGGAGAAGACUGAACUCAGGGAAGGUCUUGGUGAUUUGGGUAUUGGGAAGGGAGGUUGUGGUGGGGUUCCUGAGAAUGGGGGUGGGUUAUCUAGCUGUGGAGAGCAAAGUUUAGGUGGUGAUGAUGGGGUUGGGGUUGUUGGAGUUGUCAAGAGUAGUGUCGUUGAGACCGAGGUUUCGGUUCUGAAGGAUAAUGGUUGUCAAGUUAAUGCUGAUUCUUCUCAGGUAAUAGGGUUUUCCGCUUUGUUGAAGAUGCAAGAAAGUGCUGCGCUUUCUGGUGGUGGUGCUGAGAAGUUGGAUUCUGCUUGUGUUUCUGGGGGAAGAGUAGCAGAAGCUGCUGUUUUGACUGAGGAUGGUUUGGCUGAGAAAUUGGAUUCUGCUUGUGCUUCUGGGGGAAGAGUAGCAGAAGCUUCUGCUUUGACUGAGGAUGCUUUGGCAAAGGUUGAUGGGGAAGAUGGAAGAGAAGGGAAGACAAGUGAGGAAGGAAAAAAAGAUGAAGAGUGUGAUGGGAAAAUUGUGACCGUAGAGGUUCCAAUAGUAGAGACAGGUGAGAACAUGGAUGUAGCGGAGGAUUUGAGUGAUGAAGGGUAUGGAUUUUCUGUUGGUGAUUUUGUUUGGGGCAAAAUUAAGAGUCAUCCUUGGUGGCCUGGACGGAUUUAUGAUCCGUUUGACGCAUCAGAUGCUGCUUUGAAGCUGCAACAAAAGAAUAGACUCUUGGUGGCUUACUUUGGGGAUGGAACCUUUGCUUGGUGCCAUCCAUCGCAGUUAAAGCCUUUUGAGGAGAACUUCAUUGAUAUGGUGAAACAAAGCAGUUCCAAAGCUUUUGUCAAUGCUGUACAAGAGGCUGUGAGUGAGGUUGGAAGGCUUUUGUAUGUGAAGAUGAGCCAUUCUCUUGUUGCAGAGAAAACUAAGUCUGAAUUGACUCCGCCAUUGGUGAAUAAUUUUGGAAUCAAGAAAGGAGUUCUUGUGCCUGAUGGUGGCAUAGAGAGGCUUUCAGGUUUUCCAAUUGAACCAGCUGAGUUACUUUCCCAAGUGAAACACAUUGCAGAAAUUAUUGCUACUGCUAGUAUCCUGGAGCUGGAAAUGUUAAAGGCACGACUUUCAGUGUUCUAUCUAUCAAGAGGAGGUUUUACAUUGGCUGCUUAUGAGGAUCCCCAGCCGGUUCCUGGACUUGAAGAUAUAACUGACGAUGUAGGUGACAGUAAGAAUGCAGUGGAAGCACCAGUUCAAGGGCCAAUGGAAGAAAUCUACUCUACCUCGCCAUUGAGCCCUAAAAUUGGUGAUUCUUCAGGGCUUUCAGGAAAUAGAUUGAGCCAUAGAAGAAAGCAGAAAAGCAUUGCUGAAAUUAUAGGAGAAGACAAAGAUGAUCAUCCUGAAAAUAUGGAGGGGAAUGCGACAGCUGAAGUGAUCGGUGCAAUUGGGUUAACUGGUAGAAAGAAGAGAAAAGAGAGUGAGGAUUCAAUGGCCUCUAAAUCAGUUCAGAAGAAAAGAAAGUUGCUCCUGAAUACUGAAAAAAAUAUGCCGAGUGAUGAAAAUGGUGACACUGGGGGCAAGAAAAGCAUUAAGAAAGGAAAAUUGUUGCAGUCAAAAGACAAAAAUGAAGAAAAUGAGAAGGAAACUGAUGAAGGGAAGACCAAUGAACAGAAUGAGAAGGGUCCUUUGUCAAGAGAAAGGAAGAAGAGUAAGUACUUGUCCCCUCCCUUCACUACUUCAAUCCGGGGGCUUAAGCAGGUUGCCAGAGAAACAGAAACUCCUGAAAAAUCCAGUGAUAGCUCAAGUUACCAAACACAAGAUGAUGAGAACAAGACUAUUGAUCUGAAGAAAAUUGAAUAUCCUUCAGAGGAUGUUCUCUCUGAAAUCUGGUAUGCAGCUAUUAGUCCACAAAAUCCUAGGGGAAGCACUUCUGAUGAUAAAUUUGACGACUUCAUUUCUGUCUUCAGAAGUUCAUUAUAUCGUGAAGGAUCCUUAUAUGAAGCGUUCAAUGAACUUCGACCUGGAAGUAAGAGGAAGAACCCUGAAUCUGAACUUGGUGUUCUGAGGAAGGAUCAAAAUCUAUCUGAUCAUGAAUCACCUUAUGAUUCUGCACCAGCGAAGAGAAGAAAGGAGACAGCUCCAAGCAUGUCAAGGGGAAAGAGAGCACCUGAAACCGGCAAGAAGGGGAGUGAUGAAAAGGCUCAAUCUGCUGAGAUUUUUGUAUCAUUUUGGCCAGGGUCCACUCUGCCUUCAAGAUCUGAUGUCAUCACAGCGUUUAGCAAGUAUGGAGCUCUGAAUGAAGCAGAAACAAACAUGUUCAAAACUAAUUUCACUGCUCGAGUUUCCUUCCUUAGAGCAAGUGAUGCUGAAGAGGCAUUAAGGCAUGCAGAAAACAAGAACCCUUUUGAAUCUUGUGAGGUCACUUAUGAUAUCCAGUAUCCUUCUGAAGGAUCCAAGUCUUUAGGUCAUGUUGAAAGAUCAAAGUCCAGACAUUUACUAGCCAAGGAGAAAGGUAAGGCUCCAGCUACACCAACUGUUUCACUUUCACAGGCUAAUGAGGCAGCAGAUAAGGUGAACUUGAACUUCAUAAAACAAAAACUUCAAGAUCUGGCUUCGAUGCUUGAAACAGCAGAUGGCACAUCACCUGAUUUCAAGACAAAAGUAGAGAGCGAGGUGAAAGGUCUUUUGGAGGAUGUGAACAAAAUGGUUGAAUCUUCAUCCUGAUUAACAAGUGGUUCUGGUAGUUAUGUAAGUGAUGAGUAAUGAUCAGGGUAGACUUAGUUAUAAUAUGCCAUUUAAUUUUCCUAGUCUUAGUUGAUUGGAAGGUCAUUUUGUCCGGCUGUGUGUGCCUACCUUUAUUUGAGAUCAAAUUACAGCGUAUAGAUAGAGGGGUUAUGAUAUUAGGUUCUGGUCAAGGAUAUGUAACCAUUGCAUGCUGAUAGAGAUCAAUGUCUUUUAUGCGAACAGCUUCUAAGAAUUAAAAAGUAUUUUCUUCAAAUAAUCAUGUGCUAAAUGCUUAUA